AUGAAACCCGUUCAAGUUUCUAUUACAAACCUAAAGAAAAUUUGUGAUGUGAUGUCAACGACCGUGUGCCCAAUACUCGUACAGAAAACGCAUUUCCCGGCGCACACGAGCGCAGCGUGCGAUUUAUUCGCGCGGCGGGCGCGGCGCGCGGCGUCUCGCUCGCGCCGAGCGCCGCCGGCUGGCGCGGGCGGGGGCUCGCAGUGGGACGAGGCGGCCGCGGCCGUUCACCCCGGAAGAUUCAGUGUUUUGAUACCGCUCAAGCCUCCGCCGAUGGAAAACUGCAUUUUCUUUGAUGCGCUUCGCUUUUCACGCUCUAAUUGA